UCAUAUGAGUCACAACUCACAACAAAAGUUCUCACAACACAUUUAUAACCUUCCAAUUGUGUUCUCACUUGCUUACUCUCUCUUUCUCUCUCUCUCUCUCUCACCCAAAAGCUGAAAAUGUCAAACCACUUUUGGAAGAACGUCCACCUCUUCUUCUCCAAACUCAAAUGCCUACCCACCAUCCAAUCAACUCCACCAUCAGACCAAAACCAAGACCAUCACAACCAUCCCUCCCUCUCCACAUCUUCUUCAAUCAUCAUAAAAAACUUUAACUCCUUAUACAACCUCACCUCAUCACAAACCCAGCACUCCACCUCCCUCACCUCCUCCACCACCGAAUUCUUCUCCUCCUCCUCCGAAGACUCCGACGACACAGACUCACCCCCACCACCAGACUUCGCCACCGUCUUCGCCUGCCAACGCUUCUUCUUCUCCAACCCUGGCCACUCCAACUCCAUAGUUGACUCCACACAACACCCUCACCCGCCACCUGAUGAUCAUGAUCAUGACAACACAAUGUUUUUAGUCAACGAAAGCGUCAAAGUCCCCAAGUACUCACUUGAUCCUUACGUUGAUUUCAGACGCUCAAUGCAAGAAAUGGUUGAUGCAAGAAAUCUCAACGACUUCACAACUGAAUGGGAGUAUUUGCACGAGCUUCUCUUAUGUUAUCUUACACUAAAUCCGAAGAACACCCACAAGUAUAUUAUUCAAGCUUUUGCCGACCUUGUUAUUUGCAUCCUGUCAUCAUCGUCAUCGUCGUCAUCAUCAGCUGCCAAUCACUGUAGUGAAUCUAAGAAUCGGCGGCAGCAAUUAUUGUAACAUGUAUCAACAACAACCAAGUUUUAGUCGGGGUUCAAGUAAUAGUCCAGUACACAGUAUUGGCAUCCUUUGUGGGUGUCCCACGUCUGUCAUUUGAACCCUAUCUUCUCGUCCCCACUAUCUAUCAAUCAAAAAAAAAAAAAAAAAAAUCAAGUCUUAACCCCAAAUUUUACGGGGUCGGAUCUCAUUACAUUAGUCAGGUUGGCUAUAUGUAUUCUUUUUUGGAUUGCUGUAACAUGUAUCUUCUUCUUUUUCUUUUUAUCUUUUUAAUAGUAUAGGAAGAAUAUGUUGGCUCUUGUUUUUGGUUUCUUUUAUGGGAUUUACUUUGUCUUUGAUGAAAGUAGAUGCUUCAUGUUUCAACAAUAAAGACAAAGAAAAAAAAUGUAUUUGAUUAUCACAAAAGCAAGGAGGCGUGGGAGGUUAAUGUGUCUCGAUGCAUGUUAUAUUUUUAUA